AGUGCUUGAGGUGGGGAUGGGGAUGCAGAGACCCUCUUCCUAAGGAGGUGCCGACAUAUGAACCUGUAGAGAGGAAGAGGGUCUCUUGUGCCUGUGGGAGUCUGUGUUGGGUGGGCUCACGGGGCUGUGACCCUGACUCUUGUUCUCCCUCUGGAUUAGGGUCUUGGUUUUCCUGGAGACCCUGGCCUCCUGGAAGAAGGUAGCUCAUGAUCAGGACAGUGUUAAGGGUGACUACGGCAAGGAUGGUGAGCCAAGACAGCCUGUGAAUGACCAAUGACCCUGCCACCUCCAUUGAGCUCCAGCCUUCAGUCCAUUACCCCUCUCUUCUGUGCCCCACUCCUGAGGGGUCCCUUGGCUGGAGGCCAACACUCACCCACCCCAAUUCCUCUCGUUCUGUGGAUCCUCUGGUUCCACUGGGGAGAAUGGACUACCUGGACCACAUGGAAAGUAGAAGACCCUGGGACCUUGGGAAGCAGUCCCUGGGAAAUGUGGGUAGAGGCUAGGUGGCGACAGGUAGCACUGACAGGGAGAUGCCUGGUGUCUGUGCUGUCCCUGGAUGUGGUGUGUUGCAUGAGCACCUGGGUUUAUGAGUGUGUUGUGUCUUGGGUAUGUUGCUCUUGGGUUUUGGUGUGCAUGUUCUCACCAGGGCUGGUUACAUGUACUGGCCAAUCAGAAUGGACACUGGAGGAGGAGUUGGCCGACUUUUCUGCUGGGCCAGGGGUUAACCUGGGCCACCAGGUGGGGUGUGGGCAAGGGGUUCUUCCCCAAGCAUCCAUGCUUCUCAGUAUUUUCACAGCAGACACAGCUCCAUCUGUUCUGAACUCACACUCUGCUUCUGUGCCUGUGUGUGCAGUGUGUGCACACAGUGUGUGUACAUAUGUGUGCAUGCAGUGUGCACAUGCAGGGUGUACACAUGUGUGUGUACAGUAUGUGUGCAGUGUGUGUGCAUGUGUGUGUGUAACACAUGAAGGGGAAGAGUGGAGACUCACUGUCCAGGACCUCAUAUCUUCUCCCUUCCUGCCCCAUCUGCAGGGUCAGCUAGGGAUAGUCAUGACUCUAAUCAAGUGUCAUUUAGGACACAGGAAGAUACCGAAUGAGGAAACUCUCCCCAGUCCUAAACUCAUCCACAAAUUAGAAUACAUAGGUCCAGCCCAGGUGCUGUGGCUGAAGCCCGCAAUCCUCCCGCUUCCUGCUUCAGGAGACCAAGGCAAGAGGAUCUCUCCAAGUGUGAGUUGGAGGCCAGAUUGGGUGACACAACCAGGAAAAGCAAGUGACCACCAGGUGGCGCCGGAGACCUGGAGAGCUGGGCCCAAGUUCCCUGGGAGGGAUCUGCACCCAGCCCUGGGAUGGCGCAUGGGUGCCUCAUGGGACACCCAGCCUCAUCCUGGUAGCCCUGUGCUUGCAUUUCCUGGCCCUGGGGUGUCCUCCCUGACCGCACAUGUGUGUAGAGACCAUUCCUCAUCUCCGAAGAGGAAUUUGGAACAAUUCUCACAUGACCUGAUGGGGGACGGCACCCAGGCUCAGGGUCCCCUUUUUGUCCUCAGAGUAUGACCAGGCCGGUGGCUCUUGCUCAUUGUCCAAGAGCAUGGGAGGUUGCCUGUGGCAAGGCCCCGGAGGACACUCCUGUGCUACCUGGGACCAGGAGGCCCAGCUGCCUUCUCCUAGCACCCCUCACGUCUAGGGACUGUGCAGGAAAUGGGUGCAGAGGCCGUUGCGGUGGCUGCUCCUGGGGUCCCAGCAGCUCUGGCCGAGGCAGGAGGAGCCGGGGAGCCCAGGAGGCUGAGGCCCCUGUCCUACCAAUCUGGUCGUGCUGCAGUCUCUGUCACCAACACAAACUGCAGUGAGGUGAGCCACUGGGCUGUAGGCUCUAGCCUCCAGUGUGCAACAGGUGCCUCCCCUUUCUGACUCCUCCUGUAGGGGGACGCAGAGAAGCUCUGCUCAUGGCCGCCUCCUACCACUCCCACCAGGCUGCAGUCUUGGUGGCCACCACUAACCACAGGGAGCCUGGCCGGGCAACGCAAGUUGCAUCCUCCACCUCCUCCUCUAAGUCAGGCAUGGAGCAGCAGUGAAGCAGUGGCAGAAGAGGCUGGAAUGGCAGAACACACCCUCAGCGUGCAUUAUAUAUAGAGGUUACAGAAAUGAGGUCCUGGACUUUGUGUUCUGAUUGGAUGGGGGAAAACCUCUAGGCCUACUCUGAUUGGACUUUAUCUUCAGAUCCUGAUUGGUUAUCCUAAGAGUUGCUCUCAUCCAAUCUUCUUUAUAAGUGGUCAUCUUUGUAAGUUCAUGCCCAUUGGGAGUUAGUGAAGUUGUGAAUGAUUACAUUUAAACUUAUCCUGUAAUUUUAGUCUGACUUAUUAAUUCCACCCAUUUGCUUAAGCAAAUUAUUCUCUAUAAUGAUGACCCAAGCAAAUUCCUGUCCCAAGAUGGUAUCAAGAUGAUACCCCAAGUUCCUCUCCAGAAUGGUAUCUGGAUAUAUGUGGAGAAAUAUGUUUUCUAGGCCUGUAUUAAAUAUGGCACUAAAGCUUAGUGGCUUAAAAAAAAUACACUCUUAUUAUCUCACAGCUUCUGUGAAUAAGUAGUUUAGGAGAAUGUAGUUGUGUGAUUCUUGCCAAGAGUCUCAAAAGGUUGCAGUUAAUCUGUUGGUGAGAAUUGUAGUUACUUGAAGAGUUGGCUGGAGUUGAAGAAUUUAUAUCAAAGAUGGCUUACUCAUGGCCAUUGGAUGGAAGCCUCAGUUUCAGAAUGGCUCUUGGAAAUAGGCCUUUUUACUUGCCACAUAGACCUCUCCAUAGGCUGACUGAAUGUCCUCCAAUGUGUCAUCUGGCUUUCUCCAGUGCAAAAGAUCCAAGAAGAGAGUAUGAAGGAACACGUAAUGCUCUUUAUAAUUUUGUCACAGACUGUCACUUUUGCCAUACUGUAUUGUUUGGAAGUUAGUCACUAAGUCUAGCCCACACUCAAAAGAAUGAGAAUUAACCUCCACCUUUGGAAGAGAGGCUAGUCAAAGCACUUGUGGACAUGUUUUGAAACCACAAAGGGGUAUGUCUGCCGGUCUCCAAGAUGGCCCCCAGUGAUUCUCAUCAACUGUUAUUAAUACUUUUGUAUAGUCCCUUCCCACAAGAAAAAAGGGUUGAUCUGUUUAAUUAGUAUGAUUUUGUUGAAAUGACAGAGUCUGACUUCCAAGUUUAGGUCAGAAGAAUUUUGACUUCUGUCUUGUUCUCUGUUGGAUCAAUAUCCCUAGGGGAAGCUAGAUGCAAUGUCAUGAAACCAUUCAAACAGUCCCAUGGAACAAUCCAUCUAGCAAGGAACUGCUAUCUCCUGGCCUGGCAAUAGCUGGCAUUAACUUACAGGCCGUAUGAGUGGGUCAUCUUAGAAUUGGAUUCUUCAGUCCAAAUGGAAGUCUUCAGAUAACUGUAGCCCUGGCUGACAUCUUGAUUACAUCCUCGAGAGAGACCCUGAGCCACAAUCACUCAGUUAAGCCACCGAGUUCUUUUUGCCAAGAACUUUUUUUUUACCAAGUUCUUUUUGCCACCAACUUUACUGAGUUAUAAUUGACAGUUACAAUUGUAUAUAUUUAAGGAAAACAACUUGAUGAUUUGAUAUACACAUACAUUGUGAAAUAAUCGUGACAAUUAGGUUAACAUAUUCAUUACUUCACAUAAUUACCAUUUGUGUGUGUGUGUGUGUGUGUGUGUGUGUGUGUGUGUGUGUGUGUAGUGAGAACACUUAAGAUCUAUCCUCCUAACAAAUUUCAAGUGUACAAUAUACUGUUGUUAACUACGGUCAUAUUAUUAUAUACUAUGUCUCCAGAAGUUGUUCACCUUGUGUAACUGAGAUGCUGUACCCUUGACCAAUGUCUCUCCAUUUUCUUCUCCCUCCAGCCCCUGGUAACUACCCUUCUACUUUCCAGUUCUAUAAAUUUGACUCUUUUAGAUUCCGUAUAUAAGUCAAAUUUUUGACCCUUAGAAGUUGGAUGAGAUAAUAAAUAUUUAUUGUUAUUUUCA